UUAUUCUGAAAGCGUCCUUUCCGGAAGUCCGGUUCUUGUUAUUGCAGCGGAGCAGCUGUUCGGAGCCGCACAGUUUAGGUCUCAUCACACUGCUUUCGCUGGAUAUUAGCCUGUCAGUUGAGCGUUUCCUAACUGUCUCCCGUGUCUUUAGCCACACAUUUAGCGGCUGGCGUUGCUCCUUUUCGGCGGGUGUCCCGUCCCGUUUGUGUGUUCACGAGAGGAUGGUUUUGUCAACGUCACAACAAGUCGCCCUGGCUUUCACGGCCGUGCUCUUCACGUUCGUCGUCCUGCCCAGGUUGUUUGGCGUCGGCGGCGGGGCCGGGGCGAAGGAAACUAGAUUUGACCCUCGCUACACCAGAAAAGCAGCAGGUCCGGGCCCGGGCGCAGUCAGAGGUCAGCCCAUCAACGUGAACGCACCCGGUUCAGCUCAGACCCCUGAGAACAUGCAGCAGAUGAAGAAGCUGAUGGAACAAGAGCUGAAGAGUGACAAGUACAAGUCCAACAGCAACAAGGGCUACGUGUUCACACUGAUGCCCCUCUACGCUAUCGGAGUUGGAGUGUUUGCAGCUUACAAGUUUUUGAAGAUCAAAUCUGCAGAUGACGAGGCACAAAAGGACAAGUUUGCAAAAGGAGCCAAAAAAUCAGUAGAGGCAGAGAACCAGUUGAACGAGCUGGAACAAAGGCUAGCGCAGACGGAGAGGAUGCUCAACUCCAUCCUCACCCAGCUGGACCCGCUCACUAACUGUGUGAAGUCGGUGGCCCAGGAGCAAAAGAAUGAGAUCAUGUCUCAACUCCAGACAAUCCGGUUCCUGAUGAAGAAGAGAGGAAUGGACUGUCCACCCCUGAUCAUCAACGAGGCAUCAUGUGGGCGUAAUCUUGAUGACCUCAUUGAGUCACUCGGCGCUGACGACACCACGGCAGUGAAAGCUUCCAUGGUGGAAAAGCACACCUCUGCAGGAGCAACAGAGGUUUUGGAGAAAAUCUAUCAAAAGCAUUUGGAAGCCAAAGAUGAAGCGGCAACAGAAGGCGAAGAGAUGAAGGAGCUCAUACCGGAGGAUUCUGACAGGGAAGCAGAGGAAGAAGGACACGUAGAGGAAGAGGAGGAGGUUGCUGUGGAGGAGGAGGAGGAGGAGGAAGAGGGAUUGGAGGACUCUGAGCUCAUGCCCUCACUAGAGGAGUCAUAUGAGAAAAACAUUGAGGAGGUUGGAGCGGAGCAGCCUGCGCCGGGCCUCAGGAGACGUAACAGGCCUGAAUGAACUCAUUACAGGACUUCUGCAGUGUACGGAAAUUAGACGCAUUAUUAUGAAUAUUUAUUAUCUGAAAGGCUUUCAUUCCAAAAGGCUGUUAGUAGGCUGUGAAGUAAACACAUUAGAGCUCUAUUUUCCUGUGGCACUCUCAAAGAGCAGACAAACUGUAGGUCAUGGUGCAUCUGCUGUUAUUGCUCAUAAUAGCAGUGUCAGACUGAAAAGCUCUAAAGGGUUCUGAUGUCACUAGUUGGCACUUACAGAUAGAAUAACAAAUGACCCCCCCCCCCAAAAUCAAACACUUUGCCUUGCAAUGCCUCAUCUGCUUGGGACUCCCAUCUUGUUGCUGCUCUGACAGAAAAUCCUACCCUGUGGUCAGGUGGGGAAAAUUGCAACAUAGCAUCGUGCUACUUGUUGUAGUGUUUGCUGACAUGAAAAUAGAGCCCAUGAUGUCCUUUACUUUCCUCUUUUUUAUUUAUUUAGUUAUUUAAUUUUUUUCUAACACAAAUGAUCCCCUUUUUAAAAUGCCUGAUUUUUGGGAUGAAAUUUAUAUACUUUUUUUUUUUUUUACUAGCUCUGCCAUCGGUUUAGGUUUGUACCUGUUUGUAUGCUGAAGCCAAACAUUUAAAGCGUAUAAUCUACAUUAAGGAGGUGGUGGUCAAUGUUGCCUGUUGCUUCUAAUUUGCCUUUACCAUUUCUUUUCUCAUGGUGGACAACUUGUCAAACACAGAGGUAACUAAUAACAAUUUAGACUCAAUUCCACUUAAGUGUUGCAGUUCAACGGACAUUGUAUUGUGAACGCUGGCCCACUGACAUGUCUUACUAGGACACUGAAAUGUAACAGAUCCAUUGUUAAUAUUAGUAGCCAAGUAAAAAUGUCUUUUGACGCGAUUAUCCCACUACAAUAAAUACCACAGGACAAGACCCAGCUGCUCUGUCUUAGUCUAGAGAAAUGUGCUUGUCGUUGUUGCAUCUUAACCCUGCACCAUACUGUGCUGAGACCCCCUACCCCUACUGUCUAUUAGUAAAUUACAGAGAUUAAUGAUUUCAUGACAAAAUCCAUAAUCUAAGUCUUACCAUGAGCAAUUUUACUUUCCUAUUUUAUAAAAACAAUACCAUAUGCUAAUAAAUUUUUAUCAUGAAGGGUUUGACAUUAAUGCUGCUGGGUGCGAUGAGCCUACUUAGACUGCAUGAUGUUUAUUUAUUCAAGAGUGAAAUGACAAUCAUUUGUUAAACCAGAAACACAUUAUGUCUCUACUGUUUCACUGUUAUAUUACUUUUUAAAAUUCAUUAGCAUGUUUUUGUGUUUGUGGGAUGCCAGUAUCGUACAAAGGAAUCAGUUAUCACUCUGCCUUAUAUUUCAGUAUCUUUUUGAAGUUGUGAGUUGAGGUUCUUGUGAGGAGGCUUUCAGGUUGUUUCCAUGUUGUCUGUUGUUGGGAAACUACUAUAUCGGGGUGCUUUAACUCUACAUUUCUAAAUACAAUGAACAAAUGUG